ACUCCAGCUGGGUGGAGAGAGGAGCUGGGCUCAGACUCAGCCAGUCGGUCGGUGUGUGAGGAUGUGAGGAGGCGACGGCGGCCGGGGCCACUUCCUUCGCUCACUGGGGCAACAGGAGGCAGCGGAGGUCCAGCGCCUGCUGCGGUCCUAGAGAGGAAACCCUUUGAGGGAAGACUUGGUGACGGCGUUGUGCGCGGCGAGGCGCCAUGGGGAACGGACUGUCGGACCGCGCCUCCCUGCUGCCCUGCGUUCCCUCCUUCAAAGCUCUGCACAUCGUCAUCCUGGGCCUGGACUGCGCCGGGAAGACCACCGUGCUGUACCGCCUGCGCUUCAAUGAGUUCGUCAACACCGUGCCCACCAAGGGCUUCAACACCGAGAGGGUCAAGGUGCCUCUGGGAGACCGCCGCCGGACGGCGUCCUUCCACUUCUGGGACGUGGGCGGCCAGGAGAAGCUGCGGCCCCUGUGGCGCUCGUACACGCGCUGCGCCGACGGCAUCGUGUUCGUGGUGGACUCGGUGGACGCCGAGCGCAUUGAGGAGGCCAAGACCGAGCUGCACAAGAUCACGCGGCUGGCGGAGAACCAGGGCGUGCCGGUUCUGGUGGUGGCCAACAAGCAGGACCUGAGGAACUCGCUGAGCCUGGCGGAGAUGAGCAGCAUGCUGGCCCUGGGCGAGCUCGGCGCCGCCACGCCCUGGCACCUGCAGCCCGUCUGCGCCAUCAUCGGCGAGGGUCUGCAGGAGGGGCUGGAGAAGCUGCACGCCAUGAUCACCAAGAGGAGGAAGACGCUGCGGCAGCAGAAGAAGAAGAGAUGACUGGGCGCCGCCGCGGGGCGGAGUCUGUGAGCGGGCCCGCGGCCUGCUGGAUCUUUGUGUUUACUGCGAAGGAAACGCGGCGUUCGCUGGAUCUGAUCUCUUCACCGGAGCUGUUUGUUCGGGUUGCGUCAGGCGACGGGCGGCGGGUCGACCUGUUCCUGUGGGCUCGCGGGAGGUGAAGGGUCAACCUGCACAGGAGCCUCCGUCACCACCGACGCCGUUUCCAUGUUUACUGUUCAGUCUUGUGCUGCAUCCCGUCACCAACAAUCAAAGUUAGUAUUUUUCUACCAAAGCUCUGAAGUUUACAUGAUGUGACACGCAGAGACCUGAUUCCACAGAAAAACGCUGAAUCACUUUAGCUUCGAGACAAUAUGUGAAGCACAGAGGCCGCCGGGUCUCCACCCACAGCUGCAGCCACACAGCCACUCCCAGUCCUCCUCAUGCUUCAGUCAGUCAGAAUGAGCGCACCUUCACAACUUCUACUGAAGCUACAUCUUCAGUUGGAGAUUAUUCCCUUUUCGAUGAGCUUUGCUGAUGUGAAGUUGAUUCACAGUCCACCGCCCACCUUGGAAGACUUUAUCAAGCAUUAAAACAGCACCUGUUAUCAAACAGUCAGAGAGAGGCGGCGAUGACAGGACCUGCAGGCCGGUUCCACGUAAAGACGCUGGCUGGCCUGUCAGUCUGAUCAGAGAUUUACCAAUCCUGGAUGAACCGUUGGAACGAGAUGCUCAAGUACAGUGAACCGGAUCACACAAAGCCGAGAUGCUGGUUUCCUGUUGUUUCAGUUUCAAAUCCACAGAAAGGACUUUUACAAACCUGCAGAACUGUUUUUGUCGCUGCUUCUCUGUGUUUUGUUUUACUUUUUAAGGUUUUUUUUCUCACAGUUUUCAGGAAAACAGAAAAAAAAAAAAACCCUUGGUCUGUUUGGCUAGCAGCAGUUUGUUCUUGUUGUAGUGGACUCUGUUGGCGUGGAUCCAGGACUGGAACCGGGUCGUGAUGUGGUCCGGGCCUCGGCUCCCUGAAGCCUCAGGGCUGAAACGCUGAACUGAUCCCAGACUCCACUGCUCCUGUUUACCGUCUUUAACCUGCAGCACUUUACUGACCACAGUGUCCCCAACUGUGAGAGGAGGGAAGAGUGAAGACUGGAUGAAAGACUCGACCCGGGUCCGACUGCUGGUCGCCGGAAAGCCAUGCUCCCCGAAUGCUGCUAAAUGCUAAGCUAACGUGUGUGUUGGCAAACCAUUGGUGUGGGCGAGAGAAUGAGAAGAAGGAGUGUUUCUGCUGCUGUGUCUCUGCCGUCCUCCAGUGGUGUAACCAUCGUACAUAUUGUGAUCAGACGACAACAGAAACCACGCUGUGUUGACUUUAUUAAACUUCCUCUCUGCA